AUGGCGGCGCCCAUGAUUCACGCUCUUCGCCCCGUCCCCUGCUUGUUUCGCCCGCUUUACCGCCGCAUUUCCCACUCCGCUGGUUUCUUGGAAGCCGCUGGCCGGCGGGGUUUGUUCAAGGAUGUGUUCCCGGCGGAGAGCGGCCCCUCGCAACUGUCUGAGCUGCUCAGGUCGGGGCCCCAGACGGUCUAUUGCGGCUUUGACCCCACGGCGGACUCGCUGCACAUCGGGAACCUGCUGACAGUUCUGGGGCUCGUUCACUUCCACCGGGCCGGGCACAAUAUCAUCGCGGUUAUCGGGGGAGCCACGGGCCUGCUGGGGGAUCCGAGCGGCCGAAUGAAUGAGAGGGAAGCGCUGAGUCAGGAGAAAAUCACGGAGAAUAUCCGGGGGAUCCGGCGCUGCCUGGAGCGAUUAUUCUCGAACUGUGAAACGCUGGUGCCCGGGGCUCGGCCCGGCGGGACUGUCCGUGUCCUGAAUAACGAGCAGUGGUACCGGCAGCGCGGGGCGGCGGAAUUCCUGGGCUCGGUGGGGAGACACUUCCGUAUGGGAACAAUGAUGAGCCGACACAGUGUCCAGAGCCGCCUGAGCAGCCCCGAGGGAAUGAGCCUCGCCGAGUUUGUUUAUCAAGUCUUCCAGUCGUACGACUUCUACCAACUCAACCAGACGCACGACUGCAGGAUCCAACUGGGAGGCACCGACCAACUGGGCAACAUCAUGUCUGGCCACGACUUUAUACACAGAAUAACAGGAGAGGAAGUGUUUGGCAUCACUCUGCCGCUUAUUACCAACAGCGCUGGGGAUAAACUGGGCAAGUCGGCGGGCAAUGCCAUUUGGCUGAGCCGGGACAAGACGUCUCCGUUUGAGUUGUACCAGUUCUUUGUGCGCCAGCCGGACGGCAUUGUGGAAAGGUUCCUGAAACUCUUCACCUUUAUCCCAUUGCCGGAGAUCGAGCAGGUGAUGGAGCAGCACGGGAAGGAGCCGGAGAAGAGACUCCCACACAAGAGACUCGCUGCUGAGGUCACCAAGAUUGUCCAUGGCAAAGAAGGUCUGGAGUCGGCGAAACGGUGCACCCAGGCCCUGUAUAACAGCAGUCUAGAAGCGCUGGAAAAGAUGUCCGACCAAGAGCUGCAGGAACUGUUCAGGGAGGCGCCGUUUGCUGAAGUUCUGCUGGAGCCUGGGACCCGGGUCAUGGACCUUUGCCUCAAGGUUUCUGCGAUUCCAGAGGGGGCCCGAGGGUACGAGAUGAUCAGCAGCGGGGGGGUCAGCAUCAAUCAUAAGAAAGUGACAAACCCAGACGAGGUUCUGCUGCUGGGACAUCACAUCCUACACAACGGCCUGUCCCUGCUCCGGGUGGGAAAGAAGAAUUUCUACAUUGUCAAGUGGCUCCAUUUGUGAGGCCCCCGACGGACCAUUUAACUGGCGAUUCGUUGCCACUGCCUGUUAGUAGGAAUUUUAUUUGGCCACCGAGGCAAAAGUAUCUCUUAUUCUCACUGAGUGAGUCUCUCCCCUGUGUAAAUAAACUGGAAGUGUGAAACGA